AAUCUUGGUUCUUGGACCAGAACGUGGUUUUCGGAAGCAACAUUACUCCAGGGAACUCCUUGGUUCCUCUACUGCUGUUGCUGACUACCAUCCUCUCACAUUGCUAUGGUAGGGCUGCGAUAGGUUUCGCAUGCUGCAUACCAGCACCGAGUUCGCCUCCAACCCUGGUUUAUUGCUCUGAGGUAGAAAGAGAAAAGGCAGGCGGAGUUUUCGCUGUCGGGAGUCGUCUCUGGAAAGCAAAUCUCCGUUGCUGCUGACCUGGUCAGCCAUGGCGCCGUCUAUACCUGUAAGCGGAAGCCGCUGGCGGGACUCCCGUUCGUGCUGCUGCUGGUGACGCUGCUGGCGCUCCAUCCUCUGCUGCUGGGUGCUGCCGACACCGGUCCGCAGCAGACGCCCGACAUGGCGGCACUGCUGCAGUUGCAGGCAGCAUUGCAGUCAACGGCCCCAGGGGUGCUGCCAACGUGGGGAGGGGACGGGGACCCGUGUGAGAAGGCAUGGACCACUGACAUCCGAUGCGACCCUGUCACUCGCCGCGUGGUGCAUCUCGAUCUCAAGCGUUCAGGCCUCGUUGGGAACAUUCCAACCUUUGAACUCUCCCUAUUCGAUGCUCUCACAUACCUGGACCUGGCUGCCAACAACUUCUCGGCGUUCAACGGCCAGGAGUUCAUCGUGCAGAUGACCAGCCUGCAGCACCUGUCUCUGGCAAGGAACAACAUGAAGUGGUUCCCUACAGACGUCGACAUGCUCACAAGCCUCACCUUCCUCGACCUGAGCAACAACCAGUUUGACGGCAAGAUCCCCCAUGGACAUCUUCCAGCUCCGCAACUUGGAAGUGCUGUCACUGGAAAACAACCUGUUCACAGGGAGUGUGCCUCGCACUCCUCAGCAACCUCGUCCGCCUCAAGACACUCAAUCUCGGCAAGAACGACUUCUAUGGGCCUCUUCCACAGUUCUUUGGCGCCAUGCACGACUGGUCAACCUGAAGAUGGACCUGAAUCGCCUGGAAGGGACCAUCCCCGACACCUUUGCCAUCCUCAGGAACCUCCGCCGCUUCUUCUUGGGCGAGCUCGGUCUGCUGCAGUCACUCUCUCUGGACGACUGUGACUUCACUGGCGGCCUCCUGGAGUCCCUCGCCCGCCUGCCCUACCUGACCGAGCUCUUUCUUGAGCACAACCGCUUUGAAGGCUCCAUCCCUGAGGCGUUUGGGCACUUCCCGCGCAUCGUGUCGCUCUACCUCAGCAGCAAUCGGCUCACCGGGCCGAUUCCAGAGAGCAUGUGUGGUCUGGCCACGGUGGAGCUGCUGGUGCUGGAGAGGAACGAGCUCACUGGGCCGAUUCCCCCCUGCAUGACGCAGCUGCAGGGGCUGCUGAUCCUGGACGUGUCGGAGAACUACCUCACAGGCACGAUUCCCAGCCUCCGGGUGGUGUUCCUGUGCCUGGCGUCACUACCCCGCCCUGCCCUGACAUUGGGCCGCUGCGACCUGCGUCGGGCCAACCUGUCCGGAGAAAUCCCGUCAGCAGAACUGGCACAGCUGAACCGCCUCACUUACCUUGACCUGGGCGGCAACGAAUUCACGUCCUUCAUCCAGCAGGAGUUCUUGGAGAGGCUCACCCGCUUGGAGUACCUCUCUCUGGCGGACAACCAGCUGAAAUGGUUUCCCACCUUCAUCAAUGCUCUCACGAAACUUACAUCGCUUGAUCUGAGCACCAAUCAAUUCACGGGUGAAUUUCCGGAGGACGUCCUCGUGAUGCCCAACCUGCUGCACCUCAAGUUGGAGGAGAACCGUUUCGUUGGUGGUGUGCCUGACGCCAUCACUGACCUCAGCAAGCUCCGAUCCAUCACCCUAGCCGGCAACAACUUCACCGGCCUGCUGCCUGAAUCGCUUGCGCAGCUCACAUCCCUUCAGGCCAU